AUGGGCACACAAGGCUAUGAGAAUUAUACACGUUCUUCAUCAACUUCCUCUGACAUGCCAGAAAUGGAAUCGGUCAUUGGAUUGGGAGAAACAGAAAAUGAGCGGACAUUAAGGAUUAUCAAUUCUCGUCGAAAACCUGUUUCUUUAUGCAGUGUUGCCCCUUCUCUUGUAAUUUCUUGGCAUUCAAUUACAGCAAAGCCUCGACUCGAAAAAAGCAUUUUCCCUUCAUUUGUCUCCAAUAUUUAUUCAAAAUUUUCUUCAAGUUUUGAUGAUAUUGAAAGUGGAACACCUCCAAUAUUAUAUGGGAAAAAAUUAAUUUUAAAUAAUGUUUUUGGUGUUGCUUAUCCUGGAGAAGUUCUUGCCUUAAUGGGAGCUAGUGGUGCUGGUAAAACUUCUCUUUUAAAUAUCUUAACUCAACGAAAUCUUUCUUCUCUUCGUGUUUCUGGCCAAAUACGCAUAAAUGGUGUAGAUGUUGGGAAAAAUGUUUUACGUAAAAUUUCUGCUUAUGUACAACAAGAAGACCUUUUUAUUGGUUCCAUGACUGUUAUUGAACAUUUGAGAUUUAUGGCUAUAAUGAGAAUGGGAAGACAUUAUUCUGCAAGAGAACGUGAACGGCGGGUACAGGGGGUUAUUGCAGAGCUUGGACUUAAAAAAUGUGCAAAUACACUUAUUGGUUGGCCUAAUAGAUUGAAAGGGUUAUCUGGGGGAGAAAGGAAACGGUUGGCUUUUGCUUCAGAGAUAAUGACGGGACCUCCAAUUUUAUUUUGCGAUGAGCCAACAUCUGGUUUAGACUCUUAUUUAGCUAAACAAGUCAUUCAAGUGCUUAAAGAUUUGGCAAGACGGAAAAACAUGACAAUAAUUGUUACAAUUCACCAACCAAGUUCACAAUUAUUUGAAAUGUUUGAUAAAAUAUGUCUUUUGGCCGAAGGUAAAUUAGCAUUUCUUGGAACAACUGCUGAGGCUAUUCCUUUCUUUGAAAGAGGAAGAAUACAUUCAAAAGUCAAUAAAAUUUGUUCAUCAUUUACUCAGAGUGAUACAGGAAAACAAUUAAUGCACGAAUUAUCAAGUAAUACUAGCAGUGAAGGUUCUUCUCCCCCAAUAAAUACAGAAAUAAUUAAAGAAAAUAAUUUAAAUGGAAAUAAUGAGGUUUUACAAACUUUUGAUAUUUCUACAGACGAAAGUGCUUUUUCUACACCAGAAUCUGUUGAAGAAGUAAUGGAAGAUGAUGAAGAAAGAAAUGAAGGGGUUCCUUUAUUUGUAACAACAUCGAAAACAGACAAAUUAGAAUCGUAUACAAAAUCGAAGACAAUGCAAAGAUAUAAAUCAACUUGGUUCCAACAAUUUCGAGCACUUCUUAGACGCUCAUUUUUUGUUACUUUACGUGAACCUAUGCUUUUAAAAGUUAAAUUAUUCCAAACUUUAUUGAUAAGCAUAAUUCUCGGAACAAUUUAUUUUCAAACGCCAAUACGGCAAACAACAGUUAUGAAUAUUAAUGGAUUAAUUUUCCAAUCAAUUGCAAAUAUGAAUUUUAUGUUUCAAUUUGCUGCUGUUCAUAUUUUCUGUGAUGAACUGCCUAUUUUUAUGCGUGAACAUUUAUCAAGUUUAUAUAGAGUGGAUACUUAUUUUAUUGCAAAAAAUAUUGCUGAGUUAAUUCAAUAUAUUAUUUAUCCUUUUGUUUUUUCUUCAAUUGUUUAUUGGAUGUCUGGUUUUGUUCACAAUUCCUUAGCUUAUGCCUCUUUUGUUGCCAGCUGUGUUUGUGUUACAAAUGUGGCUAUUUCACUUUCUUAUGCGGCUUCUUGUAUUUUUGGGACAACUGAUUUAGCUUUAGCAAUGCUUCCUGUAGUUGUUAUUCCUUUACUUGCCUUUGGGGGGUUUUAUAUUAAUCAACAAUCUUUGCCUUCUUAUUUUUAUCCAAUUAAAUUUAUUUCUUAUUUUGGUUAUGCAUAUGAAAGUGCUGCAAUAAGUCAAUGGACACGUGUAAACACAAUAUCUGGUUGUAAUCAAACAACAAUAAAUAAUAAUAAUCUGACAGAAUAUAAUACUUGUUAUUUGGAUGGAAUGGAUGUACUUGACUCUUUGGGAUUUGAUCCAGAAAAUAUUAUUUUUGACUAUACAGCUUUAAUUUCAAUGAUUUUGGGUAUUUUAGUUAAAUAA